GCAUGCUGAGGGUGUGGGUGCUGGUGGCGUGCGUGCUGGGGCCCGCGGCGCCGCCGCAGGCCGCCGCGCGGCACGCGUUCUUCCGCUCCAUAGGACGCGACUCCAGGACGCGCAGAGUCUUCGGCGGCUUGGAGGCGCCGGCGGGCGCGUACCCGGGCGCGUGUGCGCUGCUGGAUCGCGGCAUGACGCCGCGCUGCUCGUGCUCGGUGCUGGCGCCGCGCUGGGCGCUCACGGCCGCGCACUGCGCCAAGCCCGAGAUCAACUACGUGCAGUUCAACGGACGGGACACCUCCGAUUCUAAUUUCGCCGCUGUCAAGCUACUCUAUGCACAUCCCGGGUUCGAGGCGGUGGUGCGCGACCUGGGCGAGGGCCCGGACGUGGUGUCGCUGCAGCACGACCUGGGGCUGGUGCGCACGCGCGGCGACAUGGUGCUGUCCUCCUACUCGUACUUCCCGGUGCCGCGCGCGCCGCGCGCCGACGGCGACAUCGUGGCCGGCCUGCUCAGCUACGACGUGGACCGCCUGCUCAACAAGGACAUCGAUAUCCUGGGGUACGGCAUGACGGAGGUGAAGCCGGCGGGCGAGCGGCUGCGCGAGGUGCGGCUGAAGCUGGCGUCGUGCGGGCGCGAGGCGUGGCGGCACUGCGCCUGCGCCGUCGGGCCCGCCAGCGGCGUCUGCUCGGGCGACUCGGGCGGGCCCGUGCUCUACAACGGCACGCAGAUCGGAGUGAUGUCGAUGGGGCCGGUGGAGUGCGGCGCGCCGGCGCCGCUGGGCGGGCGCGCGGCGCCGGAGGCGGUGUCGGUGUUCACGGCGCUGCGGCCCUACGCGGCGCUCAUCAACGCCACCAUCUACGACGUGGACUCGGCGCUCAAGAUGCGCGAGGUGGCGCGCUCGGCCGCCCGGCGCCGCGCCCGCGUGGACAUCCUGUGCGCGGCCUCGCUGCUGCUCAGGAGCUUCUGACCGCCACCCGCCAUCCGCCAUCGCCCGCGCACUCACACGUCACACGCUGCACUUGUCCAGUCACCGUGUCCUGCCCGGAGUAUCCUGUGCUGAGGCUUUCAUUGAUUUAGGCCCGGUUGCAUCAAACCAUCUGUCACCGUUAGGGCGUUCGUUAAAUUUUAUUGUAUGGGAAGUUCCAUAGACGCCUGCUGCUGUAGAUGCUGCAAAUGUGAUUGAUGCAACUGGCCCUUAGUGUCAUAGCGCUUUCCAAAACAUUUGACUUUAUUCAAAAUUGGUGUACUUAAUUUGAGAAAAUUGCAGUAUGGUGUUAUUGAAUUGAAAAAUCAUAAUUAAAAUAUGGUUUGCUGGAUUUUGGAAUGUGUAUAACUUUGUUUGGAAUUUUUAUUGUGUGUGGUAGGUACUGUUUGUGUUUGUAUCAUAAUGAAGUGAACCUGUUUUAUUAAACCAGUGAUUUGCGAAGUAUUUAUUUAGUUUUAUUUUCAGAACAAUAAAUAUUUGAGGAACAUUUAAAUUACCUGCUUUUUUAAUGACUCCGCUGCCUGUUUAUACAUAGGGAGACCUUGUUGUUGGGAAAGGUCAGUGAUUAUUGUUCUCUUUGGCCUUUAUCGGCGCGGCGUCGAUUUAGUAAAUUCUAAAAUACUUAGGUUUUACCACGGCGACCUUAAAUGUAUGGCCAUACAAUUCAUGCAUGUGGCCGUGGUCGUAGUGCGUCGGCUUUCAGUCUCCAUUUCAAGAAUGGACUCAGAAUGGACAAGUAUGACCCAACAUUUACCAGUCUCCGUGGUAAAACCUAGGAGUUACAGUUACCGAAUCAAUGUCGGUCAUCCCAGACGCCUGUAUUCCUAAGUGCCAUUCUUAGCAAUUACCGGGUUCCAAGAAACUAGAGCAGUUACAGCAGAGUUAGCACAUGAUUGCCGCGAAAGUAUGUCGCCGCGAGAUAAGACUACCCGUCCUUGUGUCAGUAUGUCAU